GCGAUAACGAUUUGUUGGCUCGGGUGGAUCAUAUUAGGUGUGCACAGUGAAACGAAAGGUACCCAGUCAAAAUGAAGUUCAAAUUUUGGAAUUUUUGGUGUGCUGUUGUGUCACUAGUGGUUAUUCCAGCAGCUCUCGCUGAAAAUAUUCUGAUUCUACAAACACUCGCUUCUCGAAGUCACCAUAUAUGGAACAAACAAAUAUUUGAGCGGCUUUUCAACAAUGGACACAAUCUCACAAUCCUGUCAUUUGAGGAAGAACAAUCAGUUCCUGGUAAAACGUUCUUGAUCGUGAAAGAUUUGAUGGCCAAAUUGAUGGCAGACUUCGAAGGAGAUUUGGACUAUACCGCGGAACAAAGUCCAGUUGCAAAUAUUCACUUUAUGUACGAUUUUUAUAACAAAGCCAGUCGAUUACUCGUAAAAGAAGAUGCUGUUCGACAACUUUUGGCAUAUCCAAAGACGUUCAAGUUUGAUUUGAUUAUUCAUGAUCUUACCAUGGGGCAGUUCCUACUGGGUUUCGUUGAAUACUUUGGAAACCCACCCUUGAUCUCUAUAACAGCAUUCAACAUACCACCUCACGUAACGACGAUGACGGAUGCUCCACUGUACACAACGUACAUGCCACACUACGCAUCUAGUUUCGAUAAUAAAAUGGUUUUUAUCGAACGAGUGAGAAAUACCCUAUACUGGGCUUUUGAUCUAUUUUACCGAAAUCGAAUCUAUAUGGCAAAUGAAGACAAAAGAGUCAAACAGAUAUUUGGAGGUAAUGCAACAUCUGUGAAACUGAUUGAAAAACGCUCAGAUGUUGUCCUAGUGAAUAGUGACUUCAGUAUGGAUUAUUAUCAAGUUCUUCCGCCAAACGUCAUUCCAGUAGGUGGAUUACAUGUUGGUCGUCAAGAAAAGGUACCUCCGGUUGUGAAACAGUUCAUUGCACGAGCCAACAAAGGAGUCAUUCUAUUAUGUUUUGGAACUAAUGUUGCUUCCGAAAUGCUUGGCGAAGGUACAAAUUUAGACAUGUUUAAAGUAUUCAGAAGCAUGCCAGAUUAUGGAUUUAUUUGGAAGCAUGGAAAUCCAGAGGAGCUUGGAAUAAUGCCAGCUAAUGUACUGGUGUUGAAAUGGGUGCCGCAAGCUGCUAUUUUGGCUAAUUCAAGAACCAAACUUCUUAUCAGUCAUGGAGGAUUACUAAGUCUACAGGAAGCUACAUGGCAUGGAGUUCCCGUCUUAGCAAUUCCUUUCUUUGUUGACCAGUAUUCAAAUGCGGAAAAAAUCGUUAAAGCAGGUGCCGGCGUGAAACUGCUGCCAAAAAAUAUUAAUGAGGAUACAUUCAAAGGUGCUAUUAAAGAUGUAUUGGAAAAUACGAGCUACUAUGAAAACAUGAAACAGCGAUCUUAUCUUUUCAAAGCGCAACCAGAGCAUCCAUUGGACCGCGCGAUAUUCUGGAUCGAAAAGGUUUUGGAAAAUAAGGGACUGCAUUACCUUCGUUCGCCCACCCCUACCAUGAACAUAUUCCAAAUUUAUGCCAUUGACAUGGUAGCUUCAGUGCUCGUGAUUGCGUUCCUAUAUUAUCUUAUCAUACGAAGGCAUAUCAGACGACCGGCCACCAGCGAUAACGUGAAGCCAAAAAAGGAGUGAUUCGUACAGUAUGUGUUGAUAAAAAUAAAUAAAGCCUGAAAUAUGUUACUAAAAUCAUA